GUCACAGGUAAAACCGGCCCCAAUUUCUCAGUAUAUCCAAAAAAGCGAGAAAAGCCAACAAAACCCGUUCUCAUACAGGCAAUUCUAACGCAGCCCUCAUCCCAUCCUGCAAACGUUGCUCCAUAGAAGAAGAAGGAUCGGAUUUACAGUACCAACUAGAAAGUCCAGUUCGACCAUACGAGAUGUCACAGGAGCAUGACAAUAAGCGGGCGGUGCUCGUGCUACAGAAUGAUCCGGCUUACAGCCAGCGGAGGCCUUUCACAAGUGAAGACGAGGCCUGGAAGUCAUUCCUGGAGAAUCCUCUCACAGCCGCCACCAAGGCCAUGAUGAGCAUCAACGGAGAUGAGGACAGCGCAGCAGCUCUGGGUUUGCUGUACGAUUACUAUAAGGAGUCUGCAGGAGGUACUGAUUCUUUCAGCGUGAUGUCACGAGAAUUCGUGCCACGGGAUAAGAGAACAAUAUCCCAGCCAAAGACUGACGUCCUGGGCUCUGAUGUGGAUCCCAACAAAAGGAAUCUAUUGACUCCUCUUCAAGACACGUCUAUGCCAUCAGCUGAGAACCGAAUCCAGGUUUUGAAAGGAGUCCCCCUAAACAUUGUACUUCCAGCGAACCAGCUCGCCCAGGACAAGAGAUCCCUUUUCCCUGCACCCGAUACUACCGUGACGGUGUCCAUCGCGGCCGUCCCGAACUUCCCGGUGAAGACCGAGGGUCAGUCGCACGGGUUCUCCGUCACGGUCCCCAACCCUCACUGUUCGGAGCCAGACAGCCAUACGGUGGUGUUCGACCGCCAGCUCGCCCACAACCAGUUCAGUCCUAACACACAGCCCCGUACCCCAGACUCGACGUUCACAGAAACCUUCAAAGACGGGACUUCAGAAGUGUUCUCGUUCCCAGGAGAUCUCCAGUUACGCAUGGCCUCCAUCACGCCGGAGGACUACGGCGCUUUUGACGCUGUGUCUGGUAACAAUUUCGAGUAUAUGUUAGAGGCCUCCAAGUCCCUCAGACAGAAGUCUGGCGAUGGCACAAUGACGUACCUCAACAAGGGCCAGUUUUACCCCAUCACCCUUAGGGAAACCGAUAAUGGAAAACUGCUGCAUGGCCCCAUCUGUAAAGUCAGGAGUGUUGUGAUGGUAGUGUUCGGAGAAGAGAAAAGCAGAGACGACCAACUCAAACACUGGAAAUAUUGGCACUCGAGACAACACACAGCCAAGCAGAGAUGUAUUGAUAUCGCGGACUACAAAGAAAGUUUCAACACCAUCAGUAAUAUUGAAGAGAUUUCAUACAACGCCAUUUCAUUCACAUGGGACAUCAACGAGGAAGCAAAGAUCUUCAUCUCGGUGAAUUGUCUGAGCACAGACUUCUCCUCUCAGAAGGGAGUAAAGGGCCUGCCCCUCAACCUCCAGAUCGACACCUACAGCUACAACAACCGCAGUAACAAACCAAUCCACCGCGCAUACUGCCAGAUUAAGGUCUUCUGCGAUAAGGGCGCCGAACGCAAGAUCCGUGACGAAGAGAGGAAACAAUCCCGCAGGAAGGGCAAGUGUCCCGAAGUCAACCCUCCUUUAGGCAACUUUGCUGCGGACGUUAAGGUGCCACUCCUGCACAAACGAAGUGACAUCACCACCUUUAAAACAAUGACUGACUUUGAGACACAGCCGGUGCUCUUUAUACCCGACAUCCACUUUUCCACUUUCCAACGUCAUCCUUUUUCUCCUGAAGACACAGAGGAGGGGUCAGGGAUGAAGAGAUUAACUUACACUGAGGAAGAGUUUGGAACGCCUCCCAAUAAGCUCCCGAGGAUGGAUGAACCAAAAAGAGUUUUGCUGUAUGUGCGUAAGGAGACGGAAGAAGUGUUUGAUGCCCUCAUGUUAAAGACUCCUACACUGAAAGGCCUGGUGGAGGCGAUUUCAGAGAAAUAUGAAGUUCCCCUUGAAAAGAUGGGAAAGGUGUACAAGAAAUGCAAGAAAGGGAUCUUGGUAAAUAUGGAUGACAACAUCAUCAAGCACUACUCCAAUGAGGACACCUUCCAGAUCCAAAUGGAGGAAAUGGGAGGAAUGAUUAAGCUGACACUAACGGAGAUUUAAAAGUUCAGACUGGUUUACAUAAGUCCAGAGACUUUUCUCCUUACUCUGUUAGGACCCCGUAGAUCUCUUUAGCAGCUUGCUGUACUCUUUCAGUCUAUUGAAACAUUUUCAGGUGACCUUGUAUAUGAGCCUAAAGUACUUUGCAUGUGAAUUGAGAGUGGAUUACAUUGAAGAGUUUGAGACAUAUAUGAUUUUUCUUGGGUAUAAGUGCACUGUUGACUUUGUUGACUCUGAAAGUAGUCACAGUGACAACUCACUAUAGUUUACUAUAGUUAUAAUUUUCUCUUUAAAAGUUAUAGCACUGGAGAUCCUAACCACUAAAAUGGACGAUUGGGCAAAUUUUAGGGCAUUACUGCUGUAGUAACAUGGGAUUGAGGGAUUCCUUGUUGGUUCACUGUAUUUAUACCCUGAGCAGUAUUUAGUGAGUAUCCCUUGCUUAGCAACUUGUGGUGCAUUGUGACAAGCACUGUGUUUGUGUGUAUGUAUGAGUGUGCACGUUGAUACUUAUAUAUUGAUUGAUAAAUCAUCAAAGUGGGUGGCUUGUUUAAAAUGUGUAAAAUAAUCACGUACCCCUUUUAAUUUUGUAUUUUUUGUAUGAAAGAACUGUGAUGCACUACAAACAAGCCUAAACAAACUCGUAAUUACUUAAAUCUUUUAAUGUGAUUCACGAUUACCAAAAAUCUAAUGGGUAUAGCACCAAUAUGAGAAAGUUUUGUUCAAAUGAUUUAAGCAGCAUAUGCAAGUAUCUUUGAAAGAGGCCCUAAAAUCAAAGUAUUAUAUUUUGUUUAGUCUGUUACCCAGUAAUCAUUAUAUGAUGCCCUAAUGUGAUGUUGCUCUGAGUAUAUAAGAGGAGUGCUGACCUCAGUGCACACUUAAACUACAAUUAAUAUUUCAUAUAAGAUUAUAAACUUCCUUUUCUUUUUUGUUAUUGUUGAUGAAAUGUACAGCUUUUGAUUCUGUAAAGGUUUUCUUAACGUAACCGAUCUACUCUUUUGUACCAAGCUACUUUAUUGUGUAUAUAUUUAUUGCCAUACUGGGAUGGGACUUUUUAUACCUAUAGAGAAAGUCAUUUUUCUAAUGAUGUGAUAAAGUUUUUAAAUGAAAUCAUUCUAAAUGAUAUAUUUAUGCAAAGGGAAUCUUUUUAGCUUAUUGUUAUUGUCAGAUUUUUUUCAAGUGCAUACAACACGUUCAGCUAUGCAAAUAUAUUAUUUACCUUUGUCCUUAGUCGGACAUAUUUUCUUAUGCAUCAAAUACAAAUCUUCUGUAAGCUCAAAUAAAAAACACUUUUUGUGUAUAGUACUUUA